AUGGCUUCCAGCUCUAGCUGUAGGACAUGGCAUUGCUUGCUUGCUCUCUUCCUCCUCUCCUCGGCGGCCUACGGCCAGCUCUCGCCGUCAUUCUAUGCGAAGUCCUGCCCGAAGCUGGAACUCAUCAUGCGCUCCACAAUGACCAAGGCACUCCUCGCCGAGCGCCGAGUGGGGGCCUCCCUCCUCAGGCUCUACUUCCAUGACUGUUUUGUUCAAGGCUGUGACGGGUCCAUUCUCUUGGAUGACGUGGGUAGCUUCGUGGGCGAGAAGACCGCCCUUCCCAACGGGAAUACUGUGCGGGGCUAUGAGGUGAUCGACGAGAUCAAGAAGAACGUGGAGCUGGUCUGCCCUGGCGUCGUCUCCUGCGCCGACAUCACGGCCCUCGCCGCACGGGACGGCGUCUUUCUGCUAGGCGGGCCCAGCUGGAAGCUGCCGCUCGGCCAACCUGAAUGA